CCAUUCUCCAACGGAUUCCUUGCUCAAAUUCGAAUUUGAAUUCUCUCUCUCUCUCUCUCUCUCUCUCUCUCUUCGUGUGUGUGUGAGUGUGAGUGUGACUGCGUGUCUCAAACUCUCAAUAGGAAGCACACACCCCUUCCUCACCAGUCACCACAUCCACCAGAACCCCAAAUCCGAAAUCCUUCUCUUCCUCGAAUUCCAGAAUGCAUCAAGAACCGAGCUCCAUGGAUUCUUCGUUGAAUCCUCCUACAUCUGAACUCAAGUCUCGAUUCGAAGCAUAUAAUCGCUUGCAGGCAGCUGCGGUUGCUUUCGGAGAGAAGCUUCCGAUACCAGAGAUUGUCGCUCUCGGAGGUCAGUCCGAUGGCAAGAGCUCCCUUCUUGAAGCCUUCCUAGGAUUCCGAUUCAAUGUUCGGGAGGUGGAAAUGGGCACCCGUAGGCCUCUUAUUCUUCAGAUGGUCCACGAUUCAUCAGCACUGGAGCCCCGUUGCCGGUUUCAGGAUGAGGAUUCUGAAGAAUAUGGAGCUCCUAUUGUUUCAGCAUCUGCAAUUGCAGAUCUAAUCAAGUCCCGAACUGAGGCACUUCUGAAGAAGACCAAAACUGCAGUUUCUUCAAAGCCAAUUGUUAUGAGAGCAGAAUAUGCUCAUUGUCCUAAUCUCACCAUAAUUGACACUCCCGGCUUUGUUCUUAAGGCGAAGAAAGGUGAACCAGAGAAUACACCUGAUGACAUCCUUUCAAUGGUGAAGUCGUUAGCAAGUCCUCCACAUCGUCUUCUUCUCUUCCUUCAGCAAAGUAGUGUUGAAUGGUGCUCAUCGCUUUGGUUGGAUUGCAUUCGUGAAAUUGAUCCAACCUUCAGACGGACGAUUAUUGUUGUCUCCAAGUUUGAUAACAGACUCAAGGAGUUCAGUGACCGUUGGGAAGUGGAUCGGUACCUAAGUGCAAGUGGUUACCUUGGGGAGAACAUUCAUCCAUUCUUUGUGGCCUUGCCAAAGGACAGGGGUACUGUGUCAAAUGAGGAAUUUCGCAGGCAAAUAUCUCAGGUGGACAUAGAAGUUCUCCACCAUCUGCAGGAGGGUGUCAAUGGAGGAUUUGAUGAGGAAAAGUUCAAACCUUACAUUGGUUUUAGUUGUCUGAAGGAGUACUUAGAGUCUGAGCUUCAGAAGAGGUAUAAAGAAGCUGCACCUGCAACUCUUGCUUUGCUAGAAGAACGCUGCAGUGAAGUCACUGCUGAAUUGGCCAGAAUGGAUUCCAAGAUACAAGCCACAUCUGAUGUUGCUUGUCUUCGGAAAUCUGCAAUGUUGCAUGCCGCUUCUAUUUGCAAUCAUAUGGGGGCAUUGAUUGAUGGAGCAGCAGAUCCUGCCCCAGAACAAUGGGGGAAAACAACAGAAGAGGAACAAUCAGAGAGUGGUGUUGGGAGCUGGCCUGGGGUUACUACAGACAUAAAGCCUCCUAAUGCUACCCUAAGGCUUUAUGGAGGAGCCGCUUUUGAGAGGGUAAUGCAUGAAUUUCGUUGUGCUACAUAUUCAAUCGAAUGCCCACCAGUCUCAAGGGAGAAGGUUGCAAAUAUACUACUUUCCCAUGCUAGGCGAGGUGGGGGUGGAGGAAUAUCAGAGGCAGCUGCAGAGAUUGCACGUGCAUCUGCUCGAUCAUGGCUUGCUCCACUUCUGGACACUGCAUGUGAUCGGCUUGCAUUUGUUUUGGGAAACCUCUUUGAACUUGCCAUCGAACGUAACCACAGUCACAACUCCUCUGAUUAUGGGAAGAAGAAUGGAGAUAUAGAUGGAUAUGUUGGUUUUCAUGCUGCUUUGAGGCAUUCUUACAAUCGCUUUAUAAGGGAUCUAGCAAAACAAUGCAAGCAACUAGUCCGCCACCACCUUGAUUCAGUAACUAGCCCAUAUUCUCAGGUUUUCCAUGAAAAUGACUUCUUUGGAGGUUCUGGCUUAGGCACAAUUUCAAUCGGCAGAUUCAACCAAAUUCCACUGGCUCCAUUUUGUCUUGACCUCUCUGAUGGUGGGCUACCAUUCCAAGAUGAAGCUUUGGGAAGGGAUCAGGAAAAUAUACCUCCUGAAAAGAAUGUGCAGCAAACAACACCAGGGAAAAAUGCAGAAGCCAGAGAUGUUCUCCGUGAAAGCCAAAUGACUGUACCUGAGACUCCAUCCCCUGAUCAGCCAUGUGAUAUAAUUCAUGCAGGGGCUAAGAAGAAAGACCCUGGGAAUGGCAUUGAAGUUGGAGGGAGGAAAAGGUACCCAAGGAUGAUAGCCAACAGCAGAAAUUUGGAUCAUCACCAAAUCCAAAAUGGUAGUACGCUUCUAUUUGGCAAUGGCGAUAUUGGUUCAAAACCAGGCUCAGCUUACUCAGAUGUUUGCUCUUCAGCUGCACAGCAUUUUGCAAGGAUACGCGAAGUGCUCAUUGAGCGAAGUGUCACAUCAACUUUGAACUCCGGAUUUUUAACUCCUUGUCGAGACAGGCUUGUGGUGGCUAUUGGUUUAGAUUUGUUCGCUGUGAAUGAUGAGAAAUUCAUGGACAUGUUUGUGGCACCUGGUGCAAUUGACAUCCUUCAGAACGAGCGGCAGUCCCUCCAUAAGCGCCAGAAGAUAUUGCGGUAUUGCUUGCAUGAGUUUAAAAAUAUAGCUCGAGCACUUUGAUUAGAACCAUUCCAUGUGAUCCCAGGGUUUUUCACAUCUAGUGAACAUUUGAACUGCACCAGAACCCAUGUCAAAGUAAUUAAAAACAUACCUUUUUCCAUCUUCACUUCUCUUUUUCUCAAAUUUUCCUGUAUCAGAUUGUUUCAUGUAAUAUUUUUGUAUUUUGUAUCAUGUCAUUGAUCAAUCAUUUUCCUAUGAAAUAUACGAAUUCUAGAGAUCGCAUUGUUCA